GUCAGUCAUGUUAAAAUACUUUAAUGGCUACUGGAAGUGGAGCAGAAGAGUAACAUCAUUAGGAACAAACACUAUUCUAGCCUCUGUUAGCGAUGGAAAUGCCUCUUUUGCUCCAUUUCUCAAUUCUCAGUCGUUGUUGUACAGAGAAAUCGGUCACCUAGAAAAUUUUGAGUCGCUUUCAGCAUCCGGUGGUACUGUAACUAGACAGUACAUAUAUACCUUCAACGAUGAAAACGUUAUAGUCUUUCAUUGCUCAGCAAGUGAUCGAGGAAACGUGGAUCCUAGAUCAGCACCAAAUGCAGAAAAUUUUACUCGCUUGACAGAAUUUCACCGAUUUAAGUCGAAUACAACAACAGCUGAAUGCGUACAUAUAUGUAUUGAUGACAAAUACACUGGGUUAUAUAAUUUUGUAUCAGAUGCGAAAUUUGAGCUGCAGUGGACUGUUAUCGGACCAAACAAGAACUAUAAAAUUAAAAAAAUAACUUGGCAAAAGGUUGCUCUUUCAACUAACAAACAAUUGCAAAAGAAAUACAAAAUAAGCGAAUUUGAUUGUAAGCAUUUACGCUGCGCCUCCGAGAGCUGUGUUACAGUGCCCCCACUAAGAACCGCCAAGGAAUAUUUGUCGAUGAACGAACAAUAUUAUAUGAGUACUGGAUGUGAUAUAAUAAACGAAUAUUUAAAAGGAGGUAUCCCCAGGCAAGGAAUAACUGAAAUUACAGGAGAAAGUGGUUGUGGAAAGACCCAAUUGUCUCUGCAAUUGUCAUUGAUUGCUCAAUUACCAUCAUCUAAAGGAGGAUUAGACGGGAUGACAGUAUAUAUUGAAACUGAAGGAAAGUUUGCUCACGCCCGUCUAAGGCAGUUAGCAGAAUCCAUUAGCGAAAAAUUUGGUGUAAACGUCACAAAAUUGCAGAGCAAUGUUCUUGUUCGAGAAUGUAAAGAAGUUGAUGAUUUAGUAUAUUGCAUAUCGACCUUGUUGAAAAAUAUUAUUAAGGACAGACCAAUCAAGUUAAUUAUUAUUGAUUCCAUUGCCGCAUUGUUCCGUAGUGAAUUUUCCUAUAGUGAAUCUAUAGCUAGGGCAGAAAAGUUGAAUAAAAUUGGAGUUUGUCUAAAAGAAUAUAGUGCAAACUACGGCACUGUUGUUGUUUGCACAAAUCAAGUUAGUGCGAAUAUAAAAGAACACGGAAGAGAGGGUGAGCUCAACGUUAAACCUGCUUUAGGUUUAGCUUGGUCUAAUCUUGUAACAACUAGAUUGAUGAUGCGCCGUUUACGUUCUACUGAUGCUACUUCUCGAUUUAUUAACGUUAUCUACUCUCCUUUAUUACCAUCAUUUCUAUUCUCGUCUUGUAAUUUUAUUAUAGAAAAAUCUGGGGUAAAAGGGGUACCCAAUCACGAUUUUUAA